GACUGCCAGGGAUUUCCGCCUCCUCUCUGUGCGGGUUCUCGGAUUUGUCCUCAGCUUGACCGCUUUGGCUGAUUGUACUGGGUUGGUUGGGUCUUCCAUGAUACGAUGGGUUUACUAGCCCUUGGGACAGCGCUUGACUGGGAGGAAGCCAAGAAACGUUCCGAUCAAGUACGGAAAUGGGGAAUUGAGCAAUUACUGGCUAUCUGGAACAGAGCCAAAGGGAAAGAGCGUGAUGCCCUGCUAUGGGGUGACGAGGUCGAGUACCUCGUGGUAGCUAUCGAUGACAAGGUUAAAAAGGCACGGUUGUCUCUGGCUCAAGCGGAGAUUCUCAAGUCCUUGGCCAGAGACGAGGCAUUGUGGAAAGAGAAGCGCUCUGGUCCGGCUCAUGGUAAAGAACAGUAAGCUAUUUUGGUCAUGUGCCUUAUUAUCGGAUCUGCCUAAUACCGCGACCUUAGUGAGGGCGAAGAACCUCCUCAUUUCCAUCCCGAGUUCGGCCGCUUUAUGCUAGAGGCUACUCCGGGUAGGCCGUGGGGUAUCGACUUCAAGGAUCUUUUGAAAGUGG